AUGAAACAGAUAUUAUUCCUUGUUUUAGCACUGUUAUUUGUGAUGGUUAAAGGGCAAAUCAAAUUAAAUCCUAAGAAAAUUAAUAUCACUGAAUUCAUGGAUGUCAUGCAAAAUUGCGGUAAUAAACUUGGCUUUGACAGAGAAUUCAAAUUAAGUUUUUUCGGAAGUCAAGAAGAUUUUAGCAAGACUUUGUGCUUAUCAUUUUGUGCACUACGAAAGCUUAAACUAUACAUCGUCGAGGAUGAAAUAACAAAGCAGCUAGCUAACGUUAAUUCAGAUGUACAUUUGAAGGUGAAAGAAGAAGUAAACAAAGCCCUCGAAAUUUGCAAAAGUCGUGAGUACAAGUUUUGCAAUGUCGAACUUAUUUCAUGA